CCUCUUCCGGUGUCGAAGCUAAGAAAGCAACUCAACUUAUUAUUGACAUUAAAUUCAAUCGUAAACAAACGCAUGAGACAUGGGAACUACCAAUGCACUGAGAACAUGUAUGCAAAGCAAUCACUUUCUUUUGCCCGCCUUUCUGAGGACUAGCCUUUGGAAAGCUAAUAGGUUAUAUAGCCAUAAGAAACUUAUUUUAUCUCCCAAAAGAUAUUCAAAUACAGAAUGGAGAAAUUACCAAAUUAGAAGAUCACUCUUCAUACAGACUCAAGAAACACCAAAUCCAAAUAGCCUUAAAUUUGUGCCUGGAAUUCCUGUCUUAGAGUCUGGUACUUUUGAUGUCCCAAAUGCCAUGGCUGCAACCAAAUCUCCUCUUGCUAGGCAAUUAUUUCAAAUAGAAGGUGUAACAUCUGUAUUUUUUGGUUCAGAUUUCAUUACUGUUUCGAAGUCAGAUGAUGACAUUGAGUGGAAGGUUUUAAAACCACAGAUUUUUGCUGCUAUUAUGGACUUUUUUGCGACUGGUCUGCCAGUAGUGACAUGUGAUCCACCAGCAUCUGAUACAACUGUUGAUGAUGAUGAUGAUGAAACUGUACAGAUGAUAAAAGAAUUGCUUGAAACUAGAAUUAGACCUGUGGUUCAAGAAGAUGGUGGUGACAUUAUAUAUAUGGGUUUUGAAGAUGGUUUAGUGAAACUGAAGAUGCAAGGAGCAUGUACUAGCUGUCCUAGUUCAGUUGUUACUCUAAAAAGUGGUGUGGAAAACAUGCUUCAGUUUUAUAUACCUGAAGUUAAAGGAGUGGUGCAGGUUACAGAUGAAGUGGAUGAAAUUGCUGAAAAGGAAUUCAGAACAUUUGAAGAAAAGCUAGAAAAGACUGACAACUGAUAAUUAAAAUCAUGUAUUUAUUGUACAGUUUAGAUUUAAAAAAUUUAAUCUGCAAGCCAGAUUUUAGUGUCAAUUUAAAAGUGAAUCUAUAAUUUGUGAACUAUAAAGAAAAGGUAAACAUAAAAUUUAUAUUGUGAAAACUA